GCAUCAAAGAAUGGCCGAUCCAUUUCAGCAUUUACUCUUGUGCGAAACUCUAUGGUUAUGAAAGAGAAAUACAAAGUCAAUGGCGAAAACUUGACACCAUAUGAGGUUGCAAAGAAGCAAUCUAAAAUGGUGGGAGCAGAAUUCUCAGGAGAACCAAUUCCGAAGGGGAAGGACAACGAUGCAGAGAUGCUACAAACAGAGGACAAACCAGAUCAUGGAGUGGGAAACCAAGAUGGUCCAGAUGACAGAAAAGGAGGGAAGGGAAAACUAGACUAUUAUGGAGUUAUGAUGACAUUAUCGAUCUUGCAUUUUUGGGCCAGCCCUAAGAGAUCCAAAGCAGAAUAUUUCCGCAUUAAGGGCAGACCUCUACCAAAAGAGGAAAUCAAGAACAGGAUUGAUUCUCUUCUUGUUGUAGCCGUACUCGUCGCAAGUGUAACAUUUUCUGGUGUGCUCCAACUCCCUAAAAGUACAGACCAGCCUGGAAGUAGAGCUUCUAACAUCACCACCAACAAUAUCCACAAUAUCCAGAACCAGGUGAUAUCAGAAAUAAAUGAAGGCAUCCUAAGGAAUGUUUAUAUUUAUAUUGACAUGGUAGCCUUGAAUGCCUCGGUCAUGGCAUCGAUAAUCCUUUGUUGGGCUCAUCUAUAUGAUGUCAAAGUAGCAGCACAUGUAAUCUGGGUGGCAUCGAUUUUAACAGGUGGUGCUAUCUACAUGAUGUGCACAGCAUUCGUCUUUGCCGUUGCUAUUGAUGUAUGCAAAAACCUUGCCUUCUUCGUUGUCACCAUUGCCGUCGGUGGAGUGCUUUUUCUUUUCCAAACCGUGGUUUCUAUUCCAUUGAUUAUUCCGCCGAGUGCCAACCAAAUCAUUGAAAGAAUUGCUUCACCUUACAUCUAUCUCCUUAUUUUCUACUUAUAUUUCCUUCUGGACUGGUUGUAUUGUAAAUUGAAGAAAAAAGAGAAGGCACAACAAACAACGUCUUCUUGAUAUGAUGCUCUUCGGAUCAGUCGAUUGUGUGUGUUUAAUCAUCGUAAUAAUUUGAUGUUGUUGAUUGUAUUAAUUAUUUGAUGUCUGUAUUGUUGUCAUUAUUUGAGUUUAUUCAAUUCCUUGGAAAUGUACGGCUC